GUCUUAUUUUGUCUGAUAGAGUACGAUACAGUAAAUCGACUAUCAAAAUAGUUUGAUUCAUUUUCUGUUCAUAAACCAAUCAAUUUAUCAACUAUUCUUUGCAGCUUUAAUGAUAUAUGUUAUUAAUCAUAGGUUCUAUGUUAUUAGUUUUCAAAUUGUAACUUCAAAUUAGUUGUGAGGUGUUUGUUUCAUGUUUGUUGCAUUGAUCACCAUCAGAUAAUAUCAUAUUGUGAUAUAUACUGAUAUUGGAAAAAUCUCUCAUUUAUAAUUUAAUAUUAAAUUCAUCCUUAUGCCCAGAAUUACUUCUAUCCAUAGUGCAUCAUAAGCAAAUGUGGGUAUUUUGAAACACUUUUAAUGAACAUUUAUGGCACUAUUAUGUCACCAUUAAGCGAGAAAAUCAGGUUUACUUUUAAAAAUAAGUAAAACUAUGGACAAUAAUUAGGGGUGAAGUGGCACAGACAGAUGUUUUUACCCAAUCAACCACUGAAUCCUCACUCUACCAACACACACACUCAAAUCUACAAACACAGGCUGACCCCCUGCAGAGCUUGUGACAGCUAUUGACUUUACUCAAUAGAUGUUUUCCAUUGUAACCCAAGUACACAGGCUAAAUGUCACGGCAGCAGGAUACUAGGCUAUUAUAGAGCAUUAUAUGUCUCUGAAUGGGGAUGAGAACCUAAAAUUUGACCUCACAAUUGCUCGGCCAUUGUCCCUGCUCUCAAAGACUGACGAUAAUACACUGAGUAUCCCGGCAGCUGCUGAGUCUCCUGCCUCUCUCUCUCUCUCCUUCUGACCAGAGCAGCCUUUUCUCCUCUGUGCUGCCUUAAUCUUGGACCAUUAUAAGGUGGGCGUGGCUUUAACGCUUACCCCCCCACCACCACCCCCCUCCUGGCUGCCAUUGGACAGCUUUAGUGUCAGUCAGUGCUGCUGAGCCCUCCUUUGCUUUUAAAUGAAGUUGCAAUGGAUACAGAGGCAACUCAACCUGUGGAAGCCGCAAUGAACAGCUGAUCCUCUCGCAGUGGAUAAAACCAAUCACAAUGGUCACCGCCAAGUCAUAAUUUCUCAUCCCACGCAUGGCACUAAAAGUUUCUGGAGAAGCAGACAAAGGAAAAAUCACUAAGAGGAAAACAGUGUGGAGAGAGUGAAGGAGGGUUUUAUUUUUCACCGUGUGGACCUGUUGAUCAUCAGUCUGACAGACGAGUCUACCUGCCGCUCCCUGCUCCGCGCUCACCGACGCGCAAUUAUGUUAUUGCCAACUUUCCUGCUUUUCACCUUCUCGCACUUUUUGGCGCCGCUGUUUCUCUGUUACCUGCCUCAAGUCUCCGCACAGAAGCCUGGUUCACGGUGGCUGAUUGGAGACAGAGACAGUCACUGUGGGGUCAUCUGCCCUCGGACGCAGGGAAAGCCAGUGUGCGGCUCGGACGGGCGAAACUAUGAGUCCGGCUGUGAACUGCAGAGGGCACGCUGCAAAGAUAAGACACUGACACAGGCGCACCGUGGCCGGUGUCGAGGUAAAAACUGGGUGAGAAUCGAUCAGUCGCCAGUAGCUACAACUUCCCCAUCUGAGGGGAGAGACUUGGAGCUAAAAGAUGCAGGUCAGUCCAAGUGUCGUGUUGAGAGGAACCAGGCUUUGGAACAAGCCAGGAGACCUCAGGAGUCCAUGUUUAUCCCAGAAUGCAAUGAGGAUGGGACGUUUGCACAGGUGCAGUGCCAUACUCUGACAGGUUACUGCUGGUGUGUCACCAGUGACGGCAAGCCAGUGAGUGGCUCCUCUGUGCACAACAGGACCCCGGUGUGUUCAGGGUCAGUAACCGAUAAACCACCUGGGCCACCGAACUCUGGUAGAAAAGUCUCUUUCCGUUUCUUUCUCACCCUCAACCCAGACGAUGGCUCCAAGCCCACGCCCACCAUGGAGACUCAUGUCCCACCUGAGGGUGAUGAGAUAACUGCUCCAACGCUGUGGAUCAAACAGUUGGUUUAUAAGGAGAAUAAGCAGAAUAGCUCCACUUCCAGGAGGCAAGAGAAAGUUCCCUCUUGUGACCAGGAGAGACAGAGUGCCCUGGACGAGGCUCGGCUGAAUCCUCGUGAGGCAAUUUUCAUCCCUGACUGUGGGCCCGGAGGGCUUUACAAACCUGUCCAGUGCCACCAGUCCACAGGCUACUGCUGGUGUGUUCUGGUGGACACGGGACGGCCCAUUCCUGGAACCUCCACCAGGUACCAGACGCCGGAGUGCGAUGGUGCUGCACGUUCUCGCGUCUCAGACACAGAAGAUCCCUUCCAAGGCAGAGACCUGACAGGUUGCCCAGAGGGGAAGAAAGUGGAAUUCAUUACAAGCUUGUUAGAUGCCCUCACCACAGACAUGGUCCAAGCCAUAAAUUCACCAGCCCCCUCUGGUGGUGGGAGAUUUGUUGAGCCUGACCCCAGUCACACUUUAGAGGAGAGGGUGGUGCACUGGUACUUUGCCCAGUUGGAUAACAACGGCAGCCACGACAUCAACAAGAAGGAACUCAAGCCUUUUAAGAGGUACCUGAAGAAGAAAGCCAAACCCAAGAAAUGCGCCCGCAAGUUCACCGACUACUGUGACCUGAAUAAGGACAGGGCCAUUUCCCUGCAGGAGCUGAAAGGCUGCCUGGGCGUCAGCAAGGAGGGUAGCUCAACGACAAGCAGCAACCAAGGGACAAGGCAAGGGGCAAAUUUGUUCAUAGGUCGUCUGGUUUGAGAAGAGAAGGUUCCAGAAGCUGAGACGAGAGCAGAGGGCACAGAGGGAAGGCAUCUGUACGCUUGCUGACAGGAAAGAGAAAGAUGGAGCAGAAAAAUUAAGAAGUUCCUGAGCUGUUAAAAAAUGAACAGAAAAACGAGAAAAGAAAACGAAGCGGCGCCAAAAUAUUUGCACUUUCUCCUCCCUAUGUUUGACAUUUUAUCUGUUUGUAUGUUUUUUUUUUCUCUUGAAGUGAAAAAGGUCUAGGUAAGAAUGAGAAUAUAUUUGUAAAGAGAUGACAGGCUCACCACUGGAAGAGCAAGUAUGUGUAUGUUACCACAUUUCCCUUUGUGUUCAGUCUGCUGUUGCGAUUUGUUCUGUCCUCAGAUUAACAAGAAGACGUACUCGCACACAAUUUGUGACUGUUAACUAAAAUAUUUCCCCGUCGCAUAUGGCAGCAUACAGGCCAGUGGCAACCCACUAAAGAGAAACUUCCAGUGAGUCACAUUCAGCCCGACUGUGGCCCGAUACACUCAUACUCCUAAAGGAAGAGCUACGGCAAUGUAGACCAUUUCAAACAAAGUGCAAUGCCGUAUGUGAACAUGCAAUAUUAAGUGAACAGCAUGUAUUAGAUUUAAACUGUGACCACAGACUCUAAUUCAUCAGCACAGAAUUAGCUGUAUGAAUCCCCUUGCACUGUACAGAACCUUCUAGUAACAUUAACAUUUUGGCUCAAGAAUCAGAUGUUUGUGAACAAAGUCCAAGAUGUGUCUGGUUUUUGUUCAGCACAUACCAGUGUUGGGGAAAGCUAGCUCUAAGUAAGUAGUUACUUUACUUGCUUGCCACGUAGUUACCUGAGGUGCAACCUAAAAGCAAUGCAAGACCAGCAUGUUGUAUGUAGUUUGUGUUUUCUCAGUUUAUACCAUGUUGUCUGCACAAGAUGCCUUUAAUGUUUUUUCUACUUUUUUAUAAAAGGUACCGCUAACAAACAUUUAAUUAUAAUAAAAAUAACAAAGUCAAAAAGCAAAUAGUAACAGAUUGUGAGAAUUGAACAUUGUAUAAAUCAGUUAUCAAAAGUUGUGCAUCUCCCCAACACUUGUUAAUACAAAAUCCUAGCAUUAUCCUUUCUAUCCAGUAUAAUUUAUACUGUAGCAAGCAGCUGGUGAAACAUACAGUACUUGUAGAUAUUAAAGCUGCAGAUUUUUUUUUUUCCACUAAUGGGUAGAGAACUCAGACACCAGCGACAGAUAUACGACCCUGACAUAUUGCUUUAUAAAGUUUUUAUGGUUAACAUUAGCCCACAUUUGCCUCCGUACACAUCUAACAGACACAGAGAAACAUUACCAACCCAAGUCAAAUAAUUACUCCCUUUUUAGGGUCUCCACAAACUCCAAAGAAAAUAUCUGGCUAUUUAGCUGCUAAUUGUUCCAUCUUCUUUACCAGCAAGUUACUAACUUUGUCUGCCAUCUGGUGCUCAGCAGUGGGUUUAUCAGAGAUUUACUUAAAACAGUUUGAUAAGAGCUCUGACACUGAAAUAUACAGGAAAUUGAGCUAAAAGUAGCCAAAAAGCUCUUAAAUUGGCAGUUAAUAAUAAUUACCUGUGGGUUUGUAGUUACGAUGACAAAUACACGCAAACAUUUGAUUUGGUGUUUAUAUAAAACUGAUUAAAGUGGAAAUAGACAACUUUUUGCUUUAACUUAUCAUUAUGAAGUAAACGUUGAUUGCACAGUGUAAUGGCUAUAGAAUAAUGACACCAUCAGCGUUUAGAUUGGUUCCCUAUUAGCCUCGCUUUCACUAUGCAAUUCUGUCUGCCACUGGGUACGAUCUACCGGGAAAAUGAAGGCUUGAUUUACGGUGCAAAGGAAGCACGUCACCAAUUGUGCAACCAAAAGAGGAAGAGGAUAGCGCUUUUGUUUUCCCCGGUAGCAAUCAGUAGCUAUAUCUCAUAAUAAAUUGUUAGGUGGCCAACUUCUUUCUAUUGUCUUAUUGCUAUAUGAUUAAUGUGGAAUACUGCACAGGCAAAUCUGAUGACACACUACUUCUAGCUGCGUUGGCUACGUUUUAGUUGCAUUGAGUAUACUACCUGAAUAAACUUGUCUUGUGAUUUCUAGAGGGCUUUCUUUCUGUUAGCUACCGUCGCUAAUGGGAAGUUAGCUACUAUGUUAUUGGUUAAUUUUAUGUCAAGAUACAAGUCAUUAUGUCUAGUUUUAUUACUCUGCUAAGUUGAGGUUAGUAUUCAUUUUCUACACAAUCGAACCUGGAAAACAAUGAAAAAGAACGUAUUUCCAGUGUGCUUAUGUUGAAUUCAAUGCUGUUGAGUUAAUUGGGAAGUGUUUGGUGAUCAUGAGUUCAAUGGUUUCUACUGGUUACUAAAUUACAACAAGUCUCGGACAAAGACCCCCUGGUGGGGAAUCUAUUCUUUAAAAACAGAUUACAGUCCAGAAAACAAGUUCCUAGCUUUACCCGGAAAAGAGAGGUCACACAGAUGACUAAACUCAACCAGUAAAUGGAAUAAGAUGUUUAUAUGGCUGAGAAUCCUGUUAAUAUCAGCUCAUCGAAGCUGUCAUAUUCACAUUUAUCCACAUUGUAAAAAAUAUGUGGCAUUUACAAAUGCCAGCUCCUAAAAUAAAUAUUUGAGUCUCCCCAGUAAUAUCAGAGUACAUUUUGUGUAUGUAAACACAUUCAUUGUCUGUCCUCCAACAGUUGAUGUCAGUCCUGCUUUGUGAAUCACUUACCACCACACAUACUUGGAGCUUUGCCACCUCAUGUAAGACAAUGCAAUAUGCCUUUCAAAAUACCCAGGCUCCCCCAGGGUUCCUAAGUAAUAGGAAAAUGACCGAGCAGGGAGGAAAAACACUAGAAAAAGACUAUAUGAACAGGUUUUGGAAUGUAAAAAAUAUUUCUUCCUCACAUUUGGGAACAAUUGAGUUUCAUAAUUAGAGAAUCAUGAGUUGCCAUUGUGGUCUGAAUGCUUGUGUAUUUUUUUUUUUUCUUUUUGAGUUGUGUAUUUCUUAACAUAUUCCCAAAAGUCACUGCAGUGGCUAGUAAACGUGAGGCAAAAAAAAGGCUCCUAUUGUAAAUAUGUACAAUAAUCUUUAUUUGUUUGUUUUACUAAAUUUCAUUGUCGGGCACAUGAGUGUUCACUUACUUCACUGUCAUUCUGGCUUACUGUAAAAAAUAUAUACUUUUCACUGUGUUUACAUCAUGUCAAACAUUAGGCUAUUAGAGUAGCUAAUUCACAACAUUGAAAUGCUUAGACCAGACUGUAUGUUAUCAGCUCUGAACACUGUUUAUUUUAUCUAUGGUUGGGGUUAUUUUACUAUUUCAGCUUCUGUUUUACGAUUCCUGUCAUCAUCACUAUGCAUGGUCAAGAAUGUAUACAGUAUCUGGUGCUGAAUCCACAACAAUCACAAGUCCAGUCGUGUCUAAUUUGAAAUGGACUGUUAUGCCAAGAAGAAACCUCUCAUUCUUAGAGGGCUGUGCAGUCUCUCCUGAGUGCCUGUUUCUGUCCAAUUUGAACACUGAGCUUGUGUGUGUAUGUCGGCUGAAGUGCUUCCAGACGCUGCAGGGCUGCGGAUCACACGCAAGAUCUAAAACAACCUAACAGGCUAGUAAUCACUGCUAAUCACGAUGAGAGAUUCAUAGUGAAAGAGGCUUACAGAUGACUAUCAGUCUGACAAGGAGAAGCCAAGAUCAUCUUGCUCCUCACCAGCCACUUUUCCACUGCAAACCCCCCAACAGGGUGGUCAAGACCAUCUUGACAUGUUUUGACAAUAUUUCUUAUUCAUAGCUGGAGAAAUUAGAUCUGCUGGAAAACAAAGCACUCAGAUAUGUUGUCUUUGGGUGAAAUUGGUAAAUGUAAAUUAUGUGGCUUGAGGUGCAGCUGUUUGGCUAAGCAUUGAAAAGUAAAAUGUCUCUCCACUGUAAUUGAUGCCUUAUUUCCUGAGCAAUUUCAACCUGUAUCACAAUAGACACAUGCAAGAUUGAACAACAGAAUGGGCCCAAAUAAAGGCUGUUUUUGAGAGGAAUCUAAAAUGAGUUUAUAUAAGGUGCAGCUUGGCACACAGCAGUAACCUACACCUGGGUUAUAUCACUCUCUUGGUUAGUUUUUGUUGCUUCCCACCUGAAAUGUGACAUAAAUUUUAAGUGGCCAAAAUGACAAAAAGGUCUGUAGACCUGCCUUCGAUUUAUGACAACUGAGAAACAAACAUACUUUAGUGACUGAGGUUUGAAAUCCUAAAGAGGUACAUUUGGCUACAAGAGCACCAAAAUCUUGGUCAUUUAUUUAUGAAAGUGCAUAUAGGGCUACUGUGCACUAUCUUGCAAGUAUCUGGCUGUUUUGAUUAAAGUUGACUAGACUACAAACAUUAAUGUGAAAGCAUUUUAAAAGCUUGUUCCUUCUGAGAUAGAAGUGUGUUCAGAUGAAAGUUUCUUUCCCAGAACUACAGUUUUUCUCAGUUGGCACAAUCAUGAACUGGUCCUGAUACUGUUUUAUACCGCAUCUAUUCAAACUAUGCUCAGUUUGGACUCAGUGCACCUCUUGGACAGUGAAAAAGCAUUCAGAGCUGAAGUAAAAGACAAGCUCUGUGGGAGGAGAUGGAGUUCAACACUGACCCCUGUUGGUGAAGAUGGAUCACUGCAGGCUGGACGUUCACAUUCAGUAUCAGCCAAGCCGAUUGAAUUUCAUGAUCUGACAAUAAAUAUUUUUUAAAGAA